AUGCCGCCCCGUCAAACUUCCCCGCUCUCGUUGGAAACUUGCUCGCCUUCCCCGCCGGAUAUCGAUGCGGAUCUUCUCGUCGGCUCCGACGAUGAGCUGGAUGAAAAUGAACGUGCAGCCCAGCGUCAACGCAUAGAGAAACUGGCAGAGUCCUAUCUCCACGGCACCCCUCUGUUCAUCCUCUCUGCCUCGCUCCGCGGGCCCUUGGAAAAGGGUUGGGUCAAUCCCUGGAGGAAGAACAGGCGGAAAGUCACUGGCUCGGAGCAGAAAGGAGGACAAAAGUCGAAGGCCACGGAGCGGCCUACUAUCCCCGAGACGAACACCCGGAAACGGCCCCUAUACCGUGAUUCUCAAGACCCCCACCACUCUAAGCCCCCAUCCCUCAUUCAGACCCGGUGUACUCGUCCAAAGAGGAAGCUCGAAGCAGUGCUGCUCGUGAACCGGCGUCUAAACGAAAACGAGCGCGAGAUGGCCGCAAGGGCGGUCGAAUCAAGCGGGCCAGCGAGUGCUUUGACCUCGUUCCAACAUACAGAUGAAAGAUGGUUGAAGAAGGAUUGCGCCGGCAUUGGAUUUCGCAAGGUCGAUCCCCCUACGUCUCCUACGGCUUCCAUUUCGUCUCGACAUCGGGAAGCAAAAGAAAGUACGAUCCAAGUUCCCGGCACCACCUAUCGAAUCACAACGAAGCCUUUCCGGAGGGACCGUACAUACUCGCACGAUGACACCACUGCCGGAACCCUGAUACCAGAUAGUGUCAAGGCCCAAAUCAAUAACAAGCAGGCUGAUGCCCAAUCGAAUACACAAGAACCUCCUUCAGAAGCGGAUGACCGGCAGAAUUCUCUUCAUGUCGUUUCCUCAACAUCCUACCUACCAAAAUUCGAAUACCGUCGCACAAAAUAUACCACCAAUACCACCGAUACCGAGUCUUUAGUCAUGAGCCAUACGGAAAAUGAGCAAUUUCCAGGGCAGGCAACUGCUGCUGAUGAUGAACAGGUUCAACCGGCUCCAAGCGCUGCUUCAAUGCAGGUCAUUGAAGCCGACUCUACAUCACGGUCAAGAAGCGUUCAGCCCCUCAACGGUCCCUAUGGGGUGAACAUCAGCGAUAGAUUUACUUCCGCACAGCAAGUGCCUAGGAACCCCGCCAUGGAGCAUGCCCCGUCACUUCACACGAUUUCCGCCGCCAAGCCACACUCUGAAUGCGAUGCGGACACCAUACCGGAUCAGUUCAACACACAGGCUGCUCUAUUAGAUGCACAGAAGUCUUUUCAGAAUGAUUUGGAUAGCCAGGAGCAAAGUCCGGAGGGAACGCCAAAUCGCACUUCAUCACCCACCAGCAACAUCACACCUUUCUAUCGCAUGAAUACUCCUGACAGGGUGGGUCAGUUCUCUCGAGUCAGAGCGCCUGGAACCGCGCGAUUACCACUGAUGAGUACGCAAUGCAUUAUCGACGCUGUCACCCCAUUUACAUUCAGUACGGAAAAGAAAGCCAGGCCUCGAUUUAUAUCUCCCCAGGAAAUGUCAAGCCGGAAGGAGCCCAUGACCGUCAGUUUUAACAUAUCGUCGCCGCCUCCAUCCGAGCCUGAUAACCAUGACGAUCCGACCAUUAUACCGCCCCAAUCACCUAUUCAUCAGUACACUCCAGAUGACGGCCAAAUUAGUCCACUGCCGAUGGCCUUCUCGAGCACGAAUCCGCCGACAUACCAAGACGGCCAGGGUGCCGCCCCUGGUGCAGACAGCUUCAAUGAAAGCCAAGCCAUUGCCGAGAUAGGUAGCUGGUUACAGCAGAGCUUCGACGUUAAUAAUGAAAUCCAACAAUGCAGAAAUACGAAAUCUGGCCCUUCCUCUUCUGCGGGCAUCGGUCGCUCCACAGUCAGCUUGAACACGCCCACCUAGCAUUUGGUGCGCAUCACAGACAUAUAUCUUAUUGUUGGGCAAAGCAAGUUCUUGAUAUUCGCAUUGAAUGCGGGGCUUUCACUAUCUUAUUCCGUUCUUUUGCUGUAUAUUUUUUUGGCUCUGUUCUUACCCUUUCUUUCGGUCUCCAGGCUCGGGCAAUUUGGAUCAUAGCAUAUAAGGUUAGCGGAUUGAUAUCCUUGUUAAUAGAACUAUAAACCAACUUUGAGAUGAGUGACAGACAUAUAGUAGUAUGGAUGGUACAGCUGCCAUAUGGCCAACAUUGGCAGAAAAUAC